CUUCUGCCGCAGCCGCGCCCGGGGCCCCGCAGCGGGGGGCGGCCAGCGAGCGGCUGGAGCGGCGCCUGGCCGCUGACCCGCAGCGCCCGUCCAUCCCUGUGCGGGGAGCGCAGGGAGGGGCCGAGAGCCCUGGCGGGCCGCCGCACCCGCGCGAGAGGGACCGCGGCUCCCGCUUCCUCUGCGCCCUGGAGCGGCGGAGGGGGGCCAGACAGCGCACCCCUGCCUCUCGGCGGAUGACGGCGCCCCUCUCGGCCCCGGGAGAGCCGCGGGAUCCUUCCACGCGACGCUCUUUUCCCGGGAGCCGACCGAGGCCGCGGGCUGCAGCGCGCUCUGCGGGGCAGUGCCGCAGGCGAGCGCGGGCGACCGCGACCGUGACCGGCUGGAGGCGCCUCUCACCUCGGCCGCGCUCGCGCUCGCUCUCCGUCUCGCGCCCGGCAGCAAAGCGCCGGGCUGGACGGGCUCACCGCGGCGUCCUGCCGGGCCUUUGGGACGUGCUCGGCCCGGACUUCGCCGCGGUCUGGGCCGAGGCCGAGGGUUGCGGGGAGCUCCCCCGUCGUGCGGGAGGGCGGUGUGGACCCUCCUGCCGAAGAAGGGGGACCUCCGCGACCUGAGGAUCUGGCGUCCCGUGUCCCUUCUCCGCAUGGACUACAAGGUGGUGGCGUGGCGAAGGCCGUCGCGCCGCGCCUGCGGUCCGUGCUGGCGGGCGUGAUCCAUCCCGACCAGACGUACACGGUGCAAGGUCGCUCCAUCUUCGACAACCUGUACCUGGUGCGGGACCUCCUGGAGCUGGCGCGCCGGGAGGGCCUGUCGUUCGGCCUGCUCUCCCUCGAUCAGGAGAAGGCGUUCGACAGGAUGGACCACGGGUAUCUCACAGGCCCUGCACAGACUGUUGUACAGUGACGGUAGCCACGCGACGCGGAGCCUGUUGGGGCGAGCCUUCCUCCGCCGCCUCCGGGGGCUCCGAUACGACCGGCAGCUCUUCUUCCUGCGCGGCCUAGAGCUCAUGCGUGUCGCGGGCAGCUGCCGGUCUUUUACAGAGACCUCCUCAAGGCCUGGGGGUUGCUCUCCGCCUCCGGGUCUCUGUUGAGGGUGGCCGAGGACGGCGACCAGCUGGCCGAGCUGCUGUUCUACAGCCUGCAGCUGGCGGUCUCGGCAGCAGCCUCGCCUGAGACCUCCCUGAGGAUGCGGGGCAGGAGCGGGGGGCACUGGGGUGGGGGGGCAGGGGUGCAGGGCACCAGGGUGGGGGAUGUAGGGGCCUCUCCCCCCCGCCUGGCUGUGGGACCAGUGGGUUCGGGCUCCUGGUGACGGCCGUGUGCUGCAGGAGGAGGUGAAGGUGAAGAUGAAGGAGCUGAACGAGCACAUCGUUUGCUGUCUCUGUGCUGGGUACUUCAUCGACGCCACCACCAUCACCGAGUGCCUGCACACCUUCUGCAAGAGCUGCAUCGUGAAGUACCUGCAGACCAGCAAGUACUGCCCCAUGUGCAACACCAAGAUCCACGAGACGCAGCCGCUGCUUAACCUCAAGCUGGACCGCGUCAUGCAGGACAUCGUCUACAAGCUGGUGCCUGGCCUGCAGGAGAACGAAGAGAAGCGGAUCCGCGAGUUCUACCAGUCGCGCGGCCUGGACCGGGUGGCACAGCUGGGCGGCGAAGACCCGGUAGGGGGUGACCCCAUGGGGCUGCCCUACAGCAGCUUCGACCACUCCCGCGCCCACUACUUCCGCUACGACGAGCACGUCUCGCUGUGCCUGGAAAAGCAGAGCACCGGCAAGGACAAGAACAAGGCCGUCCUGCAGCAGAAGUACGUGCGCUGCUCCGUCCGGGCUCAGGUGCGGCACCUGCGCCGGGUCCUGUGCCACCGCCUGGGGCUGGCGCUGCAGCACGUGCAGCUGCUCUUUGAGGGCGAGGUGCUCCCAGACCAUAUGACCAUGAAGCAGCUCUGGCUCUCGCACUGGUUUGGCAAGCCGGCGCCGCUGCUGCUGCACUACAGUGUGAAGGAGAAGAGGAGGUAGGGGCUGGGCCCGGUGCCACCCCCCCGCCCCCACCCCACCCCCCUGAGUCUAUUUUUUGAAUAAAAUCAUGAAAACCCCA